AUGAGGCUGUCGGUGUGUCUCCUGCUGGUCACGCUGGCCCUUUGCUGCUACCAGGCCAAUGCUGUGGUCUGCCCAGCUCUUUUUUCUGAGAUCUCAGGCUUCUUAUUCAUUAAUGAACCUGUGUUCAAGUUAAAACUUGCCAAAUAUGAUGCACCUCCAGAAGCUGUAGCAGCCAUUUUGGAAGUGAAGAAAUGCACAGAUCAGAUAUCGCUUGAGAAACAUCUUUUAAUUGAAAAAGUCCAGCCUUCCCUGCCUAAGACAUCUGACAACCCCAUCUAUAGAAUUCACUUCGCUUAUUUCUUCCUCUGCAAAGCCCUCUCAAAUACCCAUGCCUUACAUUAA